CGACGGUGUGCGGAAUGCGCAUAACGCGAUAUUCGCGUUCCAGUGGCAGAGGGGCCUACUAUUAUCGUGCACCCACAAACCCGUACCGCCGACGUGGUGGUCCCCCUCACGAUGGACCACCAUCAGCCAGAGGAUUCAACAACAGCCAGAGCCAGCAACCGUUCAGUGUGCGUCACGGACAUGGCGAUCGGCGGACUCGACUCAUUUCACCGGAUGAUAGGUUGGCAUACCGUGAGCGGAUGAUGCGGAUGGUGCGAGACACGUUGGAUCGGCGAUCCAGAUCCCGCGAACGGUACCGGGACGAUUUGCGACGCACCAGCCGCAGCCGGGAUCGGAGCUUGUCGUCGGUGCUGAGCGACAUCAGCUCCGGCAGUAGUUGCUUCGGAGCAGUGCGUGCCAGCGAAGCCUACGGCAGUCCAGUGUACGAAGAUCUCACCGAGGAUGAAAUCCAAUCGUUGGAGUUGGAGGACGAAGAGGAAGACGAGGACGGGGAAGAGCAGACGUCGUCGUCGGCGGAAAUGGUUGUAGCACCCCCGAUGGUGAGGCACAAGAAGCGCAAGAAAGACAAAAAGAAAAAGGAAAAAGUCAAGGAACGGGAACGGAAGCGCGCGAAAAAGGAACGGCGCCGGCAAAAGGAGAUUCUCGAAGAGCGCAUCUGCCCGCCCGAACACGAGGUGGCCCAGUCGAAGGAGAUUUUCGCCUCGGGCCAAAACAUUCUGGUCAGCGUUAGUUUCAUCGACAGCGAAAAGACCAGCGAGCGCGAGAAGUACAAGAAAAACAAACACCGGAAGAAGCUGAGAAGGCAAAAAUUACGGGGAAAACUUACCGUCGCUAAGGAGGAAAAACUGCCCAAGGCAGACAGGGGAAGCUCGCAGGGGUCCGCGGACGGAGCAAAUGAGCCGGCGGACGAGAAGAACAAUGUGUCGCAAGGCAAGCUGCAGGAAACGCAGCACAGCUCACUGGAACACCAUCAACAGCAACAGCAAUCAAUAAUUCAGCCGCCUCCAGCAAAAAAGAAGAAACUGGACCCAGCGGUUAAGCCGGUGAUGGUGAUCGACCUGGAACGGUCCCCAAGCGGCCAGGUGAUAUCUAGCCCGCGAGAGGUUAUCGUUUUGAGUGACGAGGAAGGCAAACGAGCGCGAGGAAUAGAAGAAGCAACGAAGCCUAACGAUAUCGAUCUGAACAAUCGGGGCCCCAAUACGCCACCGGAACCGGCUCCAAAAUCGCCGGAUUCGUACGAUCCUUUCCAGCCCACUAAAUCGUCACCACGAUCGGGAAUUUCUACAAACGAUAUAGGCAGCAUAUCAACCAUAAGCUUCCAGGAACCCCGCCAUCUCCAUUUGGACGAGCAGAAGGAUGAAGUGAAGGCUGAAUUCCAUCACCCGCACCAUCAUUUGCAUCCUCACAGCCACCAUCAUCAUCACCACCAUCACCACCAUGGCCAGCACCAUCACGGCCAUCCGGCUCAGGAACGUUUGCUCGCACCGACGGAGCACACGAGCGGUUCCGGUGGUUUCAACGAUGACAGCAUCCUCGACCUGCACCCCGAGUCCCCGUUUGACAAGCUGGACGUAAACAGUCCCCGAACGGUGGUCACGUCGGCGCACCAUUUCCAUCAAUCCCCCAUGAAGGCCAUUAUAAAAUCGAUGCCGAAGAAGCUGUUGGCCGCGGGCAACAGUCGCGAUUCGCGGCCACAUUCGGCAGCAAUUAAAUCAAACCAAACUGGAACCGGGGCAGGUGGUGGAACUAUGGCCGCAACCAGUGGCGGUGUUCCAUUCGAAGACGAACUGAACGACGGUGACAUCUCCCCGUACUCCCCUCGGUCGAGCGAUUGUGACGCGCAGCUCUUCGAACCGCCACAGGAUGGCAAUGGCGAGACGCAAACCAUCGCCCUCACGGUGGACAAUUUGCGUAGGGUGUUUGGGAACGAUCCUAAAACACUGUACGGUGAUCUCCGCAAAAGCUACCAGCACCGUUCGGUGAUAGCCGUAGAUGAAAUGUACAAACCACACAAAAUGACCCUGGAAAUGCUGGACGAAAUUCCAGACUCGGCGGUCGAUAUGCAGGUCAAAGAGAAGCUUAUUAAAAAGCUUCAACGCCAAGAGCGGAUCGUCGAGGAAGUUAAACAUUUCCUCAAACCACACUUCAACAAAAAACGCAUCGACAAAGAUGAAUAUAAGGAAAUUAUGCGAAAAUCAAUUCCCAAGAUCUGCCACAGCCGUUCGGGAGAAAUCAACCCUGCGAAAAUACAGGCUUUAAUCACGGCGUACGUGAAAAAAGCAAUUGCCAAACGAAAAUUGCUUGGCAUUGAGAUUGGUUCCUCGUCCGGUACACCGUUGGCCAACAUCAGUUACGUACCAUCGACAACAGCAGCGCCAACCAUACCACCACUAUCAGCAUCCGAACCAGCACCGUCGGUGGUACUAAUGAAUCGUUGAUAGUGAAAUGUAUAGCGAAUGUGCGGCUAACGACAGCGGAGGUGCAGCGAAACUACACCGAAAUGCAGUGUAGAUGUGCUGUGGCCUGGCAAAAAGUCGAGGAAAACGGUAACAUGAGGUAUGCAAUUGGGAGCGACAGCCGCGGUAUCGUCAACCUUUUUAAUUGGAUGGCCUUUUAAGUUAAGUGAUUUUCUUUCAUGUGAAAACCGUCGGCCGCACCCGAUUUUGUCGCGUGUGUGUUGUUGAUUGUGUGACCGGUGUGCUGGGCUCGGCAAAGCAACAGAAUGCAAAUAGUAAGAGUAUAAGGAAAUUCGUUACCGACAGUGUGCGCGCCGCGUGUGUCCAAGGUGUGGAGAGGGUGAAUAAAGAAGACGAAAUCGGAAUAAUUUCGUUCGGAGAAAAAUAAUAUAUGGAUGAUAUAGAAUGCAAUGCAAUAUAGGUGGUCCUGAAUGGGCAACCACAAAGCAACCAUAGGUGGUGCAGCAAAGCACCCAUUUUACAAAGGAAAAGCAGUAUAUCGGCCUCCAAGAGGCUCUGGUCCCGGGUUUGUGUGGUUCGUUGCAGAGUGCGUUACGAUUUUCGCGUCGUUUCCGGUGCACCUAGUUCUAUAGUGCAGUUCCAGUGUGCCAGUGGAACAGUAAAAGUUCAUGGGGCAUCAUAAGCCAUGGAAGAAGAAAAUAUUUUUGUGAACCGGUUGCGACGAAUGCAAGCUUCGAGGAAAAAAAUUAAAGGCCGAAAGGAGCACAGGGACGGGCAUAAAGUGUAAAAAGCAUUGUGCUGUUUGGAAACACGUUCAUCGUUUCGGUUCGGUCGGGCGGUUAGAAAGUUUCUUUUUCGUGUAAUAAGUUUUCCCGCGUUUGUGAAGCCCAGUGUACUGGCCGCAGCAUAAAGCAAUCCUUUUAUUAGUGUGUUGUGUAAGGUCAUGAAAUUGGCAGGGUGGAUUGUGUAAGAAUUUGGACGGACCUUACUCGGAAUGAUACCUUCGUCAUCCGCAAAGUGCUGUUGUGUUUGGAGUCUUGUGGAGAAAGCAAACAAAAUUAAGCAUCUCACCGCCUUUCCUCGUUACGAUCGUGCGAUUUUUAGAAUAUUUGUAAGCUAAUGGAAACGAAUUCAAAGUUGGCGCACAUCAAACGCUCAUAAGAUUUUGCGAUCGACACUAAUGCCCAUCGCCAUUAGUGAGUUAAUGAAUUUCUUGAAACCUUUUACAGGACAAUACCGAUCGGCCGUGGUAUGUAAAAUAGCUGAGGGGACAGACAAACACACACAAACACAAACGAGCGUC